AAACAACAUAAUAAAUGACGAGGGCAUGAAAGGAAAUGAAGGAGAAGCGACGGGCGGGGUAUUUAUGGAUGUGAACGCUUCCGAACCGAAGGAAGCAACCCAAAGCAGAUGCUCUUUAGUCUGCAGUCGGUUUGUGUGUGUGUGUGUGUCUCUCUCUCUCUCUCUCUCCUUCAAAUUUGUGAUUCUUUUCGGUUUUUAGAUUGUCCCCUUUGUUUUGAUCUGUGGUGGCCCAAUAGAAAGCGGUGGCAGAUUGUGACGAUGGUGGUGCGGGCUCGACGGGUGUGGUGGUGAUGUAUGGACCAGGCAUUUGUGUUGAGUCGUGUGGUGCACCUUUUUUGCUUUGUCAAAUGGAGGAAACUACUGAACUUACUUACCCAGGAUUGAGGCAGUUGAAUUUGAAGAAGUCAUUUAAGUUGGGCGGCCGCUCUCUCCUAACAGCGUGUUCUAAGGAGGAAUUUUCGAAAGCAUUUCCUAGAUUUACUGCUGCAGAGCAAGAAAGUCUCCACAGGCUAUUUAUUCAGGUUAUAACUUCUUUGCAUGAAAAUAUUGAGGAUGAAUUUGAGUCUUUAUGUCUUGAAACACAGGUGGGAACUAUUCUUGAUACUGUAGAGCAAAUUGUUGAAGAACACAGUCUGGACCCUUUAUCUUCGGAUAAGACUAGUGUAGGUGACAUUAAAUUCAAUCUUUCAACAGCAAAGAGGCAUGAGAUCCUGUACUUGAAGGAUAGGCUGGAAGCAGCUGAAGAACAGAAUAGACUUAUAAGGGCUCGUAUUGAGCACCUUAAGAAGGAGAGGGAGUGUUUCUCAGACACUUCGGAUGCUGUUCAAAAAGUACCAUUAUAUUUCUGAAAUAUUUAUGAAUGUUCAUCUCCUAAUUCCCAUCGCCCCUUCCUGUUUCCUUUCCAAGUGAUGUAUUACCAUUUCUCAUGACAAAUAUCCAAUAGUAACAGGAUGGAGCCAAUGUUGUCAGUUACGUAAGUGCAUUUUAAAGGAGUUUUGAGAUAUAUUCUCUUGUUCUUAUGUUGCCCAAGUCAACAUUUGCUGAUCUCAGUGAACUCAGCUUUAUCAGUAGGAUUUUCAUAAACAAUUGCAAAGCUAAGUGGUUAGGCCUUAUUUUGAGUUGA